AUGACUAGACAACUGAGAAAGCCUUCAUCAAGAAGGAAGAAGCAUAUCCUUAAAGAAGCUGAUGAUGACGAAGAAACAUCUCAGAUUCGCCCUUAUGUUGUCUGUGCUGUUUUAAAAGGCAUAACUUUCGACGAGGCUCGUUACAACAGUUUUAUCGAUCUUCAGGAUAAGCUACAUCAGAAUAUUUGCAGGCGAAGAUCCUUGGCAGCUAUUGUAACUCAUGACUUAGAUACAUUACAGGGCCCGUUCACAUAUGAGGCUUUGUCACCGACAGACAUAAAUUUUGUACCUCUGAAAGCAAGUAACUUCAGGGCUGACGAACUAAUUGAAUAUUACAACGUAGAUCAUGAAUUGAAAAAACAUCUACACAUAAUUGAGAACUCACCGGUCUUUCCUGUUCUAUACGACAGUAAAAGAACGGUGCUUUCAUUGCCACCUAUCAUAAACGGUGCACAUUCAGCAAUUAGCCUGCCGACAAAGAAUGUCUUCAUUGAGUGUACAGCAACGGAUUUGACGAAGGCCAAAGAUUGUUUUGAAUACAAUGGUUACUACUUUCUCUGA